AUGAGUUGCGCGCUAUUGUUGAGGUGGGGGGCGUGGUUGGAUUUGGAAGCCCCCCUGCUGGUGCUGGUGGUCAAGGAUGCUCCGAAGGUUUUCAAGCCCACCUCCUCUGGCUUCGAUCCCCAACUCCUCGUGCCUCGAUCCACUACCUCCGCUCAGGCGGUGCAUUUCCAGGCAGACUCCAAGGGCUACGAGGUGCCAGUUGGAUUUCACGGCCUGGUCGGCAAGUCCUUCCGACCUCCGGAGCUCCACGAGCACAAGCCGUACUUGGCCACAAAGGUGGACUCCUGGUGUUUAGGUUGGAGUACCUUCUACUUGCUCACGGCACAGCCGCUCUUUAUGAGUGCCGAUCCGGUCCAGAAGGAUGGUGCGGAAGUGAAUAACAAGUUUGACGAGCUCUUUAAGACGAAAGUGCCGAACUUUUCGCGCCUCGGCGUGAGACGCUGCCGGCUGAUUGCUGCAUGCUCGUGA